UCCACCGGCAACACAUUUGGCUGUGUGAGCGCUCGGUUCAUAUCUCAGAAAUUGAGGGAAGGAGAAUUCUCCUGGCUAAAGAAAGAUCUUAGAAAACGAUAGUCACGGGCAAAUACCAGCGAGCAACGUGGAACUCAUUUCAGACAGUUUUCAGUCGAGGAGGAGCGUUUUGCCUAAGCACAAUACAUCAUGGCAGGCUUGGGGAGCGCAAGACGGAUAUUCCAGUUUGCCAGGACCAACUCUGCCACCAUUCUUUGUGCCAAUGCUUCGCUCAGAUGGCAGUCCACGGCGGCCGCGGCAGCUAUCGCCAAACCGGAACCUGACCCCCAUGCUCAGGAUCGCAGGAAACCCAAGACCGGAAUUCUGAUGCUGAACAUGGGUGGACCAGAGACGCUGGAUGAUGUCCAUGACUUCCUGUUCCGCCUCUUCAUGGACCGGGAUUUGAUGACGCUUCCAGUGCAAGAUAAGCUGGGGCCUUUCAUUGCCAAGCGCCGCACCCCUAAGAUCCAGGAGCAGUACAGCCGGAUUGGGGGGGGCUCUCCCAUUAAAAAGUGGACCACCAUGCAGGGGGAGGGCAUGGUGAAGCUCCUGGAUGAGAUGUGCCCCGACACAGCUCCACACAAGUUCUACAUUGGGUUCCGGUAUGUGAACCCACUGACAGAGGCGGCCAUUGAGAUGAUGGAGCAGGACGGGGUGGAGCGGGCAGUGGCCUUCACCCAGUACCCCCAGUACAGCUGCUCUACCACAGGGAGCAGUCUGAAUGCCAUCUACCGGCACUACAGCACCCGAGGGGACCGGCCCAAAAUGCGCUGGAGUGUGAUUGACAGAUGGCCCACACAUCCUCUGCUCAUCGAGUGCUUCGCCCAACACAUCCUAAAGGAGCUGGAGAAGUUCCCAGCAGGCAAGAGAGACGACGUGGUCAUCCUGUUCUCCGCUCACUCGCUCCCCAUGUCUGUGGUGAAUCGGGGAGACCCGUAUCCCCAGGAGGUGGGGGCCACGGUACAGAGGGUCAUGGAGCGGCUCCAGCACUGUAACCCCUACAGGCUGGUCUGGCAGUCCAAGGUGGGCCCCAUGCCCUGGCUGGGCCCACAGACGGACGAGGUGAUUAAGGGCCUGUGCCAGCGGGGGAAGAGGAACCUCCUGCUGGUGCCCAUCGCCUUCACCAGCGACCACAUCGAGACCCUGCACGAGCUGGACAUCGAGUACUCCCAGGUCCUGGGCGAGGAGUGCGGCGUGGAGAAUAUCCGCAGAGCGGAAUCCCUGAAUGGUAAUCCUCUGUUCUUCAAGGCGCUUGCGGACCUGGUGCGGUCGCACCUGAAGUCAGACGAGCCCUGCUCCAGACAGCUGACCCUGCGAUGCCCUCUGUGUGUGAACCCCACCUGUGGCCAAGCCAAGGCCUUCUUCAGAAGCCAGAAACACUGACCCACCCCCUCAAUACCCAAACCCAAACCCUCUGUGUGUGAACCCCACCUGUGGCCAAGCCAAGGCCUUCUUCAGAAGCCAGAAACACUGACCCACCCCCUCAAUACCCAAACCCAAACCCUCUGUGUGUGAACCCCACCUGUGGCCAAGCCAAGGCCUUCUUCAGAAGCCAGAAACACUGACCCACCCCCUCAAUACCCAAACCCAAACCCUCUGUGUGUCUACCCCACCUGUGGCCAAGCCAAGGCCUUCUUCAGAAGCCAGAAACACUGACCCACCCCCUCAAUACCCAAACCCAAACCGUCUGUGUGUGAACCCCACCUGUGGCCAAGCCAAGGCCUUCUUCAGAAGCCAGAAACACUGACCCACCCCCUCAAUACCCAAACCCAAACCCUCUGUGUGUGAACCCCACCUGUGGCCAAGCCAAGGCCUUCUUCAGAAGCCAGAAACACUGACCCACCCCCUCAAUACCCAAACCCAAACCCUCUGUGUGUCUACCCCAC